AUGGCUCACUCAUCAUCCACCCUUUAUUUCCUCAUUUCUCUGAGUGUUUUGAUCCGAACAUACCCAUCCCUUGCACUAUACUGCUACAACACCACCGGAAACUUCACGUCGAGCAGCCCCUAUGCGAAGAACCGUGGCGCCGUCCUCAGCUCUCUAGCCUCCAAUGUGGCUGCACAUGAUGGGUUCUACACCACGAGCACGGGCGAGAAUCCAAACACCAUCUAUGCCAUCACUUUUUGCCGAGGGGAUUCUUCGGCAGAUACGUGCGCAAGCUGCGUGAGCUCUGCAGUCCAAGAUUUGGUCGUUAAGUGCCCUAACCAGAAGGCGGUUUUCUCCUUGGGAAACGCAGAUCCGCCAUGCUUUAUCCGACACUCGGACACUCCAAUCUAUGGGAUACUGCAAACGAGUCCUACAUAUAAGAUGGCCAACAUUGGCAACCACAUCACCAUGAACCAAGACCAGUUCGAUAAGGUGUGGGGGAACUUGACCCAAAGACUAGUGAACAAAGCUGCGGACGGCUCUUCGAGGCUCAAGUACGUCACAGAACAGGCUGGCUUGCCGGACAACAAGGCAAUCUACUCGUUGUUACAUAGUCCCGACUUGUUGCCAAACGAUUGCGGGUGUUGCUUGAGCGAAUCCAUUGAUGAUUACUAUAAAUGUUGCCGCGGAUGGCAAGGUGGCUAUGUUUACAAGCCGAGCUGUAAUUUCCGAUGGGAAUUGCACAAGUCUUUUGAGUCAAGCCCCAGUCCAUUUUCAUCUUCUCCACCUCCAUCUUCUCUGUCACAUCCAGCUACUCCGGCGGCCCCCAGAGAAAAUAUUGCCGAAGUUGUUGUUACCUUCGGAGGAGGCCAGCAGAGAAGGAAUAUGAAGCUGUACAAGAAGGAAGUGGGUAGGCUUCCCAACGGGCAAGAAAUAGUUGUGAAGAGGCUAUCCCAAAACUCAGGGCAAGGCGUCCAAGAAUUUAAGAUUGAGAUUGUGUUGGUGGCGAAGCUUCAGCACCGGAAUCUAGUGAGAUUGCUUGGAUUUUGCUUGGAAGGAGAGGAAAAGCUACUCAUAUACGAGUUUGUGCCCAACAAAAGUCUCGACUACUUCGUGUUCGGUUAG